CCCCUCCUGCCUCCUCCCCCCGCCGCUUCAAAACAAACCGUCACCAAAAUGGUGCAGAGGUGAAGGAGGGAGCGGGAGGAAGGGGAAGAGGUGGCGGCUCGGCCCGGGCGCUGCGGGGACAGUUGGAUUGAGGAGCGGUGGCUGCAGCUCAUCCCUGGCAGGAGUAGAAGAUGCAGGAGGCUGCGUAGCAGGUUUCUGAGCAGCUGCUGACGGCUCAGCCCCUCUGGAUCCGGCCACGCACGGGGGUACCAUGAACUGAGCACGGAGAGACCCAAAACCCUCCUUUUUUUUUUUUUUUUUUUUUGGUUUGGCUUUUUUUGGGGGGUUUUCCACCCACGAAGAAAGCCCCUAGACUCUCUUUAAUGCAAGCGUUUUGAAGCGGGGUCACUUCUCCCCUCCCUGAGCCGAAGUCGUGCCGGGUGCGGUGAGGAUUUCCGGAGAAGAUGGGGAGAAAAAAGAUCCAGAUCCAACGGAUCACGGACGAGCGCAAUCGGCAGGUGACCUUCACCAAGCGCAAGUUCGGCUUGAUGAAGAAGGCCUACGAGCUGAGCGUCCUGUGCGACUGCGAGAUCGCCCUCAUCAUCUUCAACCACUCCAACAAGCUGUUCCAGUAUGCCAGCACCGACAUGGACAAGGUGCUGCUCAAGUACACCGAGUACAACGAGCCCCACGAGAGCCGGACCAACGCAGACAUCAUCGAGACAUUAAGAAAGAAAGGUUUUAACGGCUGUGACAGCCCGGAGCCCGACGGUGACGACUCCAUAGACCAGAGCCCUCUGAUGGAGGAUAAAUACCGCAAAGGCAGCGAGGAUCUGGAUAUCCUGUUCAAGCGAUACGGUUCCGCAGUGCCCGCUCCCAACUUCGCCAUGCCCGUGACGGUGCCGGUGACCAACCAAAACACGCUGCAGUUCAGCAACCCGGGCAGCUCGCUGGUGACCCAGUCCCUGGUGACCUCGUCGCUGACAGACCCCCGGCUCCUGUCGCCGCAGCAGCCGGCGCUGCAGAGGAACACGGUGUCCCCAGGGCUGCCACAGCGGCCAGCCAGCGCAGGGGCAAUGCUCGGGGGAGACCUGAACAACACAAAUGGAGCCUGCCCGAGCCCUGUGGGAAAUGGCUAUGUGAGUGCCAGAGCCUCUCCAGGUCUCCUUCCCGUGUCCAAUGGCAGCAGCCUGGGCAAGAUCAUCCCAGCCAAGUCCCCGCCGCCGCCCUCGCACGGGACGCAGCUCGCCGCCAACAGCCGCAAGCCAGACCUGCGUGUGAUCACCUCGCAGAGCGGGAAGGGGCUGAUGCACCACCUGACCGAGGACCACUUGGCUCUGAACACACAGAGGUUGGGUGUCUCCCAAGCAACUCACUCUCUGACCACACCGGUUGUUUCCGUGGCGACUCCAAGUUUGCUGACACAGGGGCUGCCCUUCUCUGCCAUGCCCACAGCCUACAACACAGAUUAUCAGCUGACGAGCGCUGAGCUGUCCUCGCUGCCAGCGUUCAGCUCACCUGGAGGGCUGUCCCUUGGCAACAUCUCUGCCUGGCAGCAGCAGCAGCAGCAACAGCAGCAGCAGCAGCAGCAGCAGCAACAACAACAGCAGCAGCAGCAGCAGCAGCAACAGCAACAACAGCAGCAACAGCAGCAACAACAGCAGCAGCCGCAGCAGCAGCCACAGCAGCAGCACCUGGUCCCUGUGUCACUAGGAAACUUAAUACAAGGGAGCCACUUGUCCCACACCACCACUUUGACUGUCAACACCAACCCCAACAUCAGCAUCAAGUCGGAGCCCGUCUCGCCCAACCGGGAGAGGAACACUGCCACCCCGCUCAGCACCUUCCCCCACCAGCCCCGGCACGAGCCCACCGGCCGCUCGCCCGUCGACAGCCUCAGCAGCAACACCAGCUCCUACGAGGGCAGCAGCGAGCGGGACGACCCCGCCCGCCCCGAUUUCGGCUCGUCCCUGGGCCUCCUGCGACCCACCAGCGAGCCCGAGGGGGAGAGCCCCUCCGUAAAGCGCAUGCGGUUGGAUACCUGGGUCACAUAACGCGUCCCCGCCGUCCCUGGGAGCGCCGCCGGCUCCGGUGGGGCCGCGGGAAAGG